AUGAAGUUCGCUCUCAUCUUCUCCGUCCUCGCUGCCUUCACCGUCUCCGCAGUCGAGGCCGAGCGCAUGACGAACGCUAAGCGUUUCUCUCUGGGUCUCCCUCCUCUCGCACCCCGCAACCUCCACAGGGGUUCCGGCACCUCCACUGCCCAUAAGAGCUCCACCUCCGCGGCGCUCUGCAUGAACAACCUCCUGUGCUGCGAAGAGACUGGCUCAAGCAACGAUUCGCACUUCAAGGACCUUGCGUCCUCGUGCGGCCAGAAGACCCGUGGGUCCCAGUCUGCCUCGAGCUGCACGAAGAUCUCGAGGGGCGACAGCUGCUCGCACAAGACUGUGUGCUGCGGCUCGCACUUUGACCACACCUUCGCGACGGACUGCAAGCAGCGUACGUCCUCUCCUCUGCCCUUUAAGCCGCUUGAUGCACGUUCGACUCGCCUCCCACUGAUCCGUGCCGAGGUUUCGAGUCUUGAGACGGCCGCCCGCGCGCGCGACUCACCGGUGCCUUACUCGUCACCCUGUCUCGCCUCGCCGUCUCGCCUCGCCUCCCUCUCCCUCUCGCUUGCGGUGAUCGUGAAAUAA